AUGGCGGCUACGUUUGAUGGAUUCUCCAUAAGGGACUACACAUCCAAGAUGAGGUCCGUCGACGUUUUCAAGUGCUGGCCCUUCGCAUCCGCUGUCUCACGUGACGUAUCACAUGAGGAGGUUCAGUCCUGGCUUCCUCCGAUGACGCUGUGCCCUAGAUCCGACGAUUUCAACGACCACGCGCAAAAUCUGGAGAAUCCGCCUUCGGCUGAGGAACUUUCUACAAACGAUGACGACGGCGAAGAGGAUUGCAGCGAAGAAGACUCUCAAGAAUCCGCGGAAUCCGAUAAAUCCACUCCUCCUUCUGACGCCGCCUUUGACAACAACGACGACGAAAAAUUGGAGAUGGUCUGUCCGGUUUGCCGUGAAUUCAACGCUGCUACGCUCACGGCGGUGAACGCGCACAUCGACGGAUGCCUCGCGCAGACGAUGAGAGAGGAGCGUCGCCACAUUAGGAUAAUGAAUUUCAAGUCGUCAUCCCCGUCCUCAACAACGAAGUCGAAGGCACCGAAGAAGCGUUCCAUCGCAGAGAUUUUCAAGGUAGAAGAGCAGCACCCACCACAGCCGCCGCCGCAGCAGCAACAACAACAACAACGGUCACCACAGCCGCUGCAGCAGCAACAGUCACUAGAGCUGCAGCAGCAGCAACAGUCACUAGAGCCGCAGCAGCAGCAACAGUCAUCGCAGCCGCAGCCGCCGCAAAUCGAGAGCGUGUUGAAGUUCUGGCCGUUCCGCGAGGACGAGGCGGACGAGGUUUCGAAUACCGUUACAAAGUUCGAGUGGCUCUCUCGGCGCCUCGAGGCGCUGAGAUCCACGCGCGCAGGCGGCGAGUCGUCGAAAUCGGACCGAAGAGAUUCCACUGAGGAGGAGGAGGAAAAGUUGGAGAUGGUGUGUCCUGUUUGCCGAGAUUUCAACGCCGCCACCGUGACGGCGGUGAAUGCGCACAUCGACGGUUGCCUGGCGCAGGCCGUUAGGGAGGAACGGCGGCAGAUGAGAAGGACCAUUAAUUGCAAACCCAAACCUAAGGCUCCGAAGAAGCGCUCGAUCGCGGAGAUUCUCACGUUGGCGCCGCCGAUCGAAGCAGGCAAAAGCAAGGCGAUUCAGGUUGAGGAAGACGAAGAGAAAUCCGAUUAUCGCUGUGAGGAUUCUGCAAGUGCUGCUGCUGCUUCUUCCGCUUCUGCGGCCUUUCCAGUUGUUUCGGUAAUUAAGAUUAAGAAGAGUACGAGCAAGAAUAGGAAAAAGAAAAAGAUGAAGAAGGCGAAGAAGAAGAAAAACAAGGUGGACAAAUGCUGUGAGAGUGGCGUGUCAUUCGUGAACAAUGAGAAGAAGACGGUUCUGAGCAAGAAAAAGAAGAAAAAAAGUAAUGUCUUUAACUCUGGACCAACUGGGAAGAAGAUCAACAGAUUCUCAUCUCUUGUGGCUAGUGUUUUGGACGUAGAGGUUUAUACACAGCUUACAGCUGGAUGUAUUUUGGCUAGUGGGAGAUCUGCAAGUGGAGGUCCAGAAUUUAUGGGCGUGUAUCAUCAGAAAAAGAAUACUCUGACUUGGGUUGAUAUAGAUCAUUAUCGCAUGGGCAUAUUUGUUGGUCUUUGGGAUAGUGCUUACCAGCGUAUGGUGCAAAAUGCAGCAAAUAGUUCCAAAAAACUAAAAGGUACAAUUGGUAGUAAACUGGUUCCACUUCAUGGGAUUGAUCCUUCUAUCAAUAGAAAGAAAUUGGGCUUAAAUGGUAUAUCGGUAGAAAAGAAGCAAAACAUUAAAAACUGUGACUCAGUUGGAAAACAACAAAAAGCAGUAUCUUCUAUUCAUGGAGGCAUUCUUAAGAACCGCUUAAAACAUGUUUCUGGAAAGACAUCAAGUGUCAGUAAUAUUCAAAAUGGUACUGCAGAAAGUCAUUAUUAUGAUCAAGAGCCAACCUCUGACCGACAUGUGAAAUUCUCUGGUAAAGAUGAUAUACUUGGUCCAAAAAAGUCAAGUUCAUUUGAUGAAACCAUGUUCAACAUAUCUUCAGAUGCGCUGGCUUCUUCAGUAGUAAAGGAGAAGUCAUCUGGAAGUGAUGAAGAAACUGCAAGUUUGGAGCCAAAUAGAAAUUAUGGCUAUGUUUCUGUUAAUAUAGACAGAGACAAGAGAGAGGAGGUUUUCCCUAUAGUUGAAAUUAAACAGUUUUCUAACACUCAGGAACAAGAUACUGUACAAAGCUGCUUGAAGCCAUGUACCGAUCAAGAGAAGUCAAAGCACUUAAAAGAGAAGUCAGAAUUGUUGACCGAGGUGGCAGUUUGUGACAACAACGAUUCACACUUUUUUUAUGGAGGCAACAGAUCUUCCCUGCACUGUUCUCCGUAUGCAGAAAUUUCUGAACCUCUUUCGGCAGUCCAUGGAGAGCAGAUGUCUGGUAUAAAUACACAAGAUUGUGAAUUUGGAUCUUUCAGCUACAGUGGAAAGUUGGACCAUUUCGACGAUCCACAGGCUGAUUUUGUUAACUCAAACGAUACAAAGACAUUUAUGGAACCUUCCUCGUCUUAUUCUGCUUCAUAUAAUGCAAAUGAAAAACCAGAAUCUCCAUUGCAAACUCGUGGAGAUAAUAAUAGCGGUGAGGCCUUGGGUGACAGACAGUUGUCUCGCAUGUUUUUUGCAGAUAUGAUUGAUAACUCAUUUUCCUUUACAGGCUGGGAUAAAGGAAGUGUGAAAAGUAGCUGUUUGGAUCCGAAUUUUUUUGGUUUGCCGCUCAAUUCUCAUGGUGAGCUAAUCACUUUCAGUUCAAGUGGAAACUUAGGGAUGAACCAGUCAGAGACAUCGAGUACAUUACGUGGUUCUUUAAGUGGUUUACCCAUUAACAAUAUUCUCCAUCAAAGUAACCAGGAAAAUUUAAGCAUUAAUGAUAAUCAUGUUCAGAAGACAUUUCCAAAAGAUGGUCUUAAUCCAUUUCCACACCAUCCAACCAGAUUAUCUGUCACCGAAUUACAAAGUAGAGAGGGACAAGAUAUCCACCGACCUAAUUCAGAUAUGUGUUCCAGUAACUAUCCUCCGCCACUUAAUUCCAAGUUGAAUCUUGAGAAAAACUCGUUCACUGAACAGAAUCAAUCUGACCAGGUCAGGAAUCGCAAUGGAAAUGGGGUGAUUUCUCUGAAAGAUGGUUCAGAUCAUAUCUCACGAAGUUCCAGCCAACCAACAAUGAGGUUGAUGGGUAAGGACGUUCCAAUUGGUAGAAGCAGCCAAGAGAUGCAACAAUUUGCGGGAGAUGUUUGGACUGAUGAGCAAUCCAGAAGAAGGAAUUAUUCUGAAUAUGCAGCUGUAGAACACUCUUUAUUGGGAAGAAAUUCUAAGCAGGAUUGGGUAUCUGGUUCACUUUUACAACUAUCGGCUGACAGUGUAUUGCAAUCAGCAAAAAAUCAAAGCAAUCAAGCACUACAAAGCACCUUGUUGAUGAGCACAGACUCUGGAUUUUCUCGACAGUUUAUUGAUCUGCAAAGUAACCCUGUAUCUCAAAAUGGAAGUCUUGGAAUCAACAGAAAUGCCAGUGCUUAUUUCAAUCCCAUUACUCCAAAGUCUACUUCGUAUGCAGUAUUUAAUGCAUCUGAUGACUUUCCAGAGCAAUAUAUACCUGGAGCUAAACCUCUAGGAUUGAGCUCUCAAUCAUUGGCACCACCUUCUCCUGGCAAUUUUAGACACUCCACAAGUUUAAACAAUUGUGAGCUGAAUGACGGGAAUAAAAAUCCCCAUGUUACCAAAUCAGCCUUCGGAUUUCCUUUCUUGCAUCCAACUGUCAAUGAACAGGCCAAAACAUCUUGGUUUCAAAGGCCCUACAGAAGUUCACCAUUGUGGUUGUCAAGUUCAACAGAUGAAAUGCUUCCAAGGACCUUCUCUCAGCAAUUUUCGGGCACAAGUAGUCAAAGUUUUCCUCAAAAUCUGUGGGGAAAUAAUCUCACUACGCCAUCUGUGAAUCAUUCAGAAGAACUUCGCUUUCCUUCUAAUCAUCUGACUUCUCUGCAUCCCAUACAGACUGCUCCUCUUCCUCCAGCAUCUAUUGUUCAACCUCUACAUGUUCCAGUUACACCCUCUACCGUAAAUAGUGGCAAUAGCAACAUAAAUAAUGUCGCCGACAGAUGGAAGUUGGAUGACCAUCAUCCGUGCACGAAAGCCAGGAAGAGACCCGCAGCCGCAGCUAAUCUUGAAGAUUCCAGAAAAACUACCAAGUUACCGAAUAUACAGGUGCAAGAAAACUUCAGUCACAUGACUAGGUUGACUGGAGAACAGUCAAGCGUGGAAUUGCAACGAAACACAAGAGCACUCGAACUGGAUCCACAAAUGGGCAGUGGUAGAAGUAGGUGUUGUCAGCAUGAGGCACAAAAUCUAAAUCAUUCAAGGUAUCCUGCUGUGAAUUCUUUUAAACUGGAAGGCAUGGUAACAUCAGGUCCUGUCCGACUUGGUCCUAAAAGAGCUAAGCACAUCCUAAAAUCCUCUUGA